AUGCUGCUCUCCUCCGACCCUCACAAGAGGGCGAGAAUAAUUACCGUCAUCGCAUGUACGACGAUUGCACUGGCAUGCGGCACAAACUAUGGAUACUCAAUAUGGGGUCCUAGUUUCGCCGCACGCCUCAAAUUGUCUGCUACGGACAGUAACCUCAUUGGCACCAUUGGGAACCUUGGAAUGUAUGCAUUUGGGGUUCCGUCAGGAAUGAUGGUGGAUGCCAAAGGUCCAAGAUGGGGAGUUACACUGGGAGUUAUCUUCUUUGCUGUGGGAUACUAUCCAAUUGCUCGAGCAUACGAGGCUGGUCCUGGCGCAUACAGCGUGGGCUUGAUCUGCCUCUUUUCGUUCUUUUCCGGCGCUGGAAGCUGCACAGCAUUUUCAUCAGCUAUCAAAGCGGCUGCCCUCAACUUCCCCGAGUCCAGAGGUACAGCAACAGCAUUUCCGUUGGCCGCUUUUGGUCUGAGUGCAAUGUUCUUUGCAGCUGUCGAUUUGCUGCUUCCAUCAGGGACCUAUAACUUCCUCGUUCUAUUGGCAGUAGGGACAGUUGCUUUACCGUUGCUCUCUUUCCCAUUCUUGCGUGUUAUACCCCCUCAGAGCUACCACAAAGUAGCGCAGCAGGAGCGACAAGUUCUGCAUAGAACUCGAGCAGGAGAUCCCGAACACCCUCAUUACGAAGAACCAGGUGCGCCCCGUCACACCCACAAGACCCCAUCCUCAGCAAGCACAGAAACCCCCGACCCAGAAGACGGCCCUGACCCUGACCCUGGGGACGAACAAUCUUCCCUCCUUUCCAGAUCCUCAGGCGACGAUGUCGAAGACCUUGCAAGUUCCAAGCACACGCUAUCUGACAGGAAUCAUGAAUCUCCACAUUUAGAUAUCAGAGGGUUUGCUCUACUCCCGCUUCCGGAAUUCUGGCAGCUAUUCUCCAUGCUUGGGUUAUUGACUGGUAUUGGCCUGAUGACCAUCAACAAUAUCGGCAACGAUGCUCAAGCUCUUUGGAAACAUUAUGAUCCGAAUACCACUUCAGACUAUAUCCAAAAGCGCCAGGCGAUGCACGUCGCAAUACUUUCCUUCUGCAGCUUCGCCGGCCGUCUGACCAGCGGUAUUGGAUCCGACAUUCUCGUCUCGAAACUCGGGCGUUCACGGUUUUGGUGCCUGUUCGCGUCUGCGAUAACAUUCUGCGUUGCCCAACUUGCUGGCACUGCAAUAUCCCACCCAAAAAUGCUUGUGUUCCUGUCCGGACUGACAGGUUUUGCGUACGGCAUGCUCUUCGGGGUCUACCCAAGUUUGGUGGCGCACUGCUUUGGCGUACACGGGUUGAGCCAGAACUGGGGCACAAUGACCCUGGCGCCCGUGGUUUCGGGCAACAUCUUCAACAUACUUUACGGCAAGAUCUAUGACGCACACUCGAUCAAGAAUGAGGAUGGCGACAGGGAGUGCCUGGAAGGCAGACAGUGCUACAGCACAGCGUACUGGGUCACUUUUGGCGCGGCGAUUCUUGGGGUUGGGUGCUGCCUUUGGAGUAUCUGGCACGAAUAUAAGAUUCACAAGCAGCGCAAUGGUAAGGAGGGUGAGCGGUUGGACCACGAGAGAACCGCUUGA